AUGCAUUCAGGCCUCUUCCCUACCACCCCUUCUCAACCAUGCAUAGCAAUUUCUGUUGAAUUACUUGGAUUUUAUUGUGUGCUAUUUGAAUGUUCUUGCAACUCUAUCAAUUCCCUGGCUUCUGCACUCAAUACCCAUUAUGAGCACCAAGGUUUCUGCUUGACCACCCAAGAAGUGUGUGCUUGCCUUAUUAAAAUUGUCUAG